CUCUAAUUAUUCCUUUCGGGCUCCGCUAGGAUUUGGGGUUCGCCUUCUCCCCGUCGCCUAGGGUUUGCUCGAUCUCUCGCUUUGCGGAAGGCGUGCGCGGCGGAGGAGGAGGAUGUCGCUGAGGCCGAGCGAGAGGGCGGAGGUCCGCCGGAACAAGUACAAGGUGGCCGUCGAUGCGGAGGAGGGGCGGCGGCGGAGGGAGGACAACAUGGUAGAGAUCCGCAAGAACCGGCGGGAGGAGAGCCUGCAGAAGAAGCGGCGGGAAGGGAUGCAGGCGCUGUCCCUUCCCCAGACGACGACCCACACCUCCACCAUAGAGAAAAAGUUGGAAAGUCUUCCCGCGAUGGUGGCGGGUGUUUAUUCUGAUGAUAGCACUCUGCAGUUAGAAGCCACCACGCAGUUCCGUAAAUUGCUCUCGAUAGAACGGAGCCCUCCGAUCGAGGAGGUGAUACAAUCGGGCGUUGUUCCUCGAUUUGUAGAGUUUCUGAAGAGGGAAGAUUAUCCUCAACUUCAGUUUGAAGCAGCUUGGGCACUCACCAAUAUUGCCUCUGGCACUUCUGAGAACACCAAGGUUGUGAUAGAUCAUGGAGCAGUGCCCAUUUUUGUUAAACUUCUCAGUUCCCCAAGUGACGAUGUCCGCGAGCAGGCGGUAUGGGCUUUGGGAAAUGUGGCUGGUGAUUCCCCAAGAUGCCGAGAUCUUGUCCUUAGCAGUGGGGCAUUAUUCCCACUUCUGCAACAGCUGAACGAGCAUGCCAAACUCUCCAUGUUAAGGAAUGCCACAUGGACCUUGUCAAACUUUUGCAGAGGAAAGCCACAACCAGCCUUUGAGCAGGUCAAACCUGCUCUUCCAGCCCUGGAGCGGCUAAUCCAUUUAAAUGAUGAGGAAGUGCUCACAGAUGCAUGUUGGGCGCUGUCAUAUCUGUCUGAUGGUACCAAUGACAAAAUACAAGCUGUACUUGAGGCUGGUGUUUGUCCACGUCUUGUGGAGCUUCUUCUCCAUCCUUCUCCUUCUGUACUUAUUCCAGCGCUUCGAACUGUUGGUAAUAUCGUCACUGGAGAUGAUGUCCAGACACAGUAUGUUAUCAACCACCAAGCACUUCCUUGUCUUCUGAACCUCUUGACUCACAAUCAUAAGAAAAGCAUCAAGAAGGAAGCUUGCUGGACCAUAUCAAAUAUCACAGCUGGGAACAAAGAGCAAAUUCAGGCUGUGAUAGCUGCUGGUAUUAUUGCUCCACUAGUCCAUCUUCUGCAGACUGCAGAAUUUGAUAUCAAGAAAGAGGCUGCAUGGGCUAUCUCCAAUGCAACUUCCGGUGGUACUCAUGAUCAGAUAAAGUAUCUAGUUGGCCAGGGUUGUAUAAAGCCCCUGUGCGAUCUCCUGGUUUGUCCAGACCCCAGGAUCGUAACUGUUUGCUUGGAAGGGCUCGAAAAUAUCUUGAAGAUUGGUGAAGCGGAGAAGAACUUGGGUGCUACUGGAGCCGUGAAUUUGUAUGCUCAGCUGAUUGAUGAAGCUGAGGGUUUGGAGAAGAUCGAGAAUCUUCAGAGCCAUGAUAACACCGAGAUCUAUGAGAAAGCUGUGAAGAUUCUUGAGACAUAUUGGCUGGAGGAGGAAGACGAUGCAAUGCCUACGGGUGAUGCUGCUCAAACUGGAUUUCAGUUUGGAAACAGUGGCCAGAACACAGUUCCUUCUGGUGGAUUCAACUUCAGCUGAGAAUUGGUACGGUGACGAUGCCAGGUGACAUCCAUAAUACCGAAGGGCUGAUGAUCACCUUAAAAGAUUUUAUUGUGCUUAGAAUUGCAGGUUCUUUCUCUGGAGACCAGAAGGUUGUCCUCUUCUGGCAUGCUAGAAAACGGUUCCAGCCAGGAGAGUUGCGUCGCUGUCAUUGUCGGUUCGGUUCGUGUUGGUCAGUCUGGUCUGGUGUUCAUCGAGGUAAGGUGGUACUGAUACAAAGGUUCAACAAAGGAUGUCAUGUCUGAUGGCACAUUUUGUUUCUGUGCCAUUUGGAUUGAUGGUAUGCAACGGGUUCAUUAAUUUGUAGGUAAGCAAAGGACAUACUUGUGAUGAGCCGCGGGUGUUAGCAUGGAUUUUUAUAUCGUCCGAGUGAGUUUGUUUAUUGGUCAGAGUUUGCUUAUUUGGAAGGUCUUUACCAAUUGGGUAUAGUGUAGUUUGUUUUGCAAGUCUUGAGAUAUUCCAAAAGUAUUUGAGGAAAGGAAAUACCUUAAUUUGUGUCA